AUGGCCUACAACUUCGAUAUCCAGUAUCGAUCCACAUCUGCUCAGGGUAAUGCAGAUGCUCUCUCACGCCUCCCAGUGGGUACAGAUCCAGACUUCGACAAAGAAGAGGAAGCUUGCCACAAUGAAGUCGAAGUAUCACCACCGAUAAAUUCCGAGCAAAUUCGCAACCACAUGGACAAAAACAAAGUUCUCAAACAGGUCCUGCACAUCUGCAAGUGCAACAAUCCUGCACCACCAAGAGAGUACCAAAGUUGGCCAGCAGCAACAACAGCAUGGGAGCGAAUUCAUAUCGACUUCGCCGGUCCAAUCUUUGACGCUAUGUGGCUCAUAUGCGUGGACGCGUACUCACAGUUCCCAUUUUUCAUCCAAAUGUCGUCUACAACAACUGCCAACAAGAUCGCUGCACUUUCUUCGAUUUUCGCCAUCGAAGGAUACCCGAAAACCAUGGUUAGCGACAACGGUCCUCAGCUUACAUCUGACGCCUUCGAAGAAUUCUGCAAACUGCACGGUAUAGAGCAUAUUAUCACAGCACCGUUUCAUCCAGCAUCCAACGGAUUAGCAGAGCGAUUUGUACAGACAUUUAAAUUCGCAGUCAAGAAGAACCUCAAAGACGGUAUACCACUUAAGGAAGCUGUAACAAAAUAUCUUUCUUUUUACAGGUUCACUCCAAACGCCCAAGGUAAAACUCCUGCCGAGUUAAUCCACGGUCGAACAGUCCGCACCGUGCUUAGUCAACUUAUCGAGCAGCCUGUCGAGAAUAAACGGACAAUCACCAAGUACAUCUCUAAUCAAAUGGUAUACGCUCGAAACUAUUCAAGGGGAGAAAAGUGGAUUGAAGGCAUUAUCGACCGUCCAGUUGGAAAAAUGCUGUUCAUUGUUCGCACGUCAAAUGGUUACAUCAAGCGCCAUUUCAACCAGCUAAAACCGAAGUUGUCAGCAAACAACUCAAUCAAGAGACCUCCAGAGUUUUGGUGGAUUCCUGAACUGCCAAAGUCAUCCUUCAAUCAAGAAAUACAGCAGCAAGAUCGACCGCUAACUCCGCCAGUUGUUCAGCAAUCUGAUCCUGUUCCUGUUUCUCGUCCUCCUGAACGCGCAGCAGAGCCUACCCAGCAGCCGAGGCAGAACCAAUCUACACGACGUCUUUCAGGCAUACCAGUACGCCAAAGCAGCCGUGUUCGCCAGGAAGUCGAUCGUUUUAAGCCAAAGGACUUCAGAAAAACUAAGCAUAUAAAUAGUUCUUAA